ACCACUUGGUUCUGUCAAUCAAAAGUCAAAACAAGAUGGCAGGCUGCAGGAGCUGGUUUUUCUACUUUACAGUUUGUGCUGUCGGUGUGUUUGGGGCCAAUGCAGAGAUCAAAUUUACCAUUCCUGUGGGGAGGUUAUUUACAUACGAGCUGAUGAGAGAAACUUUCCAGAAUGACUUUGAACCGUUGUCAAAACUCUACGCCGGUCGCUUGUAUGAUGAUGCCAUGACAUUUAAGUGCAACAGGCAGAAUUACCCAGACCUCCCAGAGUGGCUGCGCUUCACCCAAAGGCACUCGUAUGAUAACGGCUUCCUGUACGGCACGCCAACAUCUCCAGGGAAAAGUAUAAUUGAGGUCUAUGCUGUCAACAAGCGCAGCUACGAAACAGCCAGGCAAAUCCUCGUCAUCAAAAUAGUUCCAGAGAAGAUGUUGCCCUACCAAGCCGAAUUCUUCAUCAAGCUGAGGGAGGUUGAGAAGGUGCUGCCCUCUUCUGUCCAGGAUGAGAUAAAGCAGGAUUUACAGAAGCUGUGGGACACUGAGGCUUUGGAAAUUGUCAAUGUUACCAACGCCCUUGACCGUGGCGGCCGAGUUCCCCUCCCUAUUGCAGGACACUUUGAGGGUGUGUAUGUGAAGGUGGGGUCUGAGCAGUACUUCUCAGACUGUCUCCUGAAAGUGCAGUCACCAGGAUACCAGAGGCAGUGCUCAGCAGAGGCCAAAGUCAAGAUCCCCGGAGGCUGCAACUUCUGCAGCAUUCCCAGCAACUGCAUCACCUGGUGUAAGAUCGAGCUGUUUGAUUUAACAAAGCAGGAGCCGUCUCCACCCGCUCCCACAGUGGGCUCAGGGAUACUGGAAUCAGGAGGUGACUUCAACCCUCCUGAGUCGCCUCCGAGCAGAGAUUACAUCCCAGACUACAUCGUGACAGUGAUUGUGCCCCUGAUCCUCGCCAUCAUCCUGUGUCUGCUGCUGGCCUACAUCAUGUAUGGCCGACGGGAGGGAGUUGAAAAACGCAACGGAAAGACAAACGAAAUCCAGCUGUACCACCAUCACACCAUUCUCGACAACACCGAUGAGCUGAGGAACAUGUCGGGAAGCCGAGGUGUUUCUCCACCCCUGUCCACACUGCCCAUGUUCAACAGCCGGACUGGAGAGAGGGCUCCACCGCUGCACUCUGACAGCCCCACCAUCCCACUCAUCAUGGCACAGCACGAUCCCUACAGUGACACACUGCCCAGAAAAUAAGAGUGACGACGUGCCAUUCAUGCAGUUGUUUACUGCCAGUUUUACAUUUGCAGUGGAUAGUUGUGUUUGUUUGUUUUUUUUUUUUGGUUCUAUUAACAUUAUUUCAGUGUGCUUAUUUACUCUUAUCUAGCAUUUGUGAUUGUCUAUACUCCUUCACCUGUCACUACUACUACCACUACUGCUGAUAAUAAAAAAAUAUCUAAAGCCACA